AUGGCCUCACAGCACAACCCCCCACACGCCAGUGCGCAGACCAGCCCAGCAACAUCCCUCCCGAUGCAAAAGUCAUCGGUGACUGCCGUACCGAAACCGGCAGGACUCAAAGAAGUCCUAAAGAAGACCAAGCAGCCCGCGAGCAGAAGACGGAAACUGCCAUCCAACUUCCCGAUCACAGAGACCACGCCUGAGGACCGAGCAACGUCCAGGAAUGCCAACGUCAUGGCAAGCCAGUCGACAAUAACCACAGCGCAAUCAGUACUAUCAGACGAAGAGGCCGGUAGUUCGGUGGAAGACCUCAUCGCAUCUGCGCAGCAGUAUAUGGCAGCUCCGAUCAACGAAGAAGCGCAUGGAUCGGUGCGACCUGGGGAGCAGCCAGCCCGUGCUGAGGGCAGCAAGAAGCGCAAAGCUUCGGCAAAGCUGUCCAAGGACGAAAGCGCCGCAAAGAAGCGUAAGCCCGCGACAAAGACCGCAUCAGUCAAAAAUGCAUGUGCUUCGUCCUGCAGCAACGCCAAACUCCCAGUUUACCGCCCAUACAUCUCUGAUGACGAAGACGACUCCGAGCCAGAACAUCCGACCUUCACACAUCGCUCCACGCGUCGGGAUCCCGGCUCGCUCGGCAGGACUUUCACAGUCAUAACCCGCGGCACUGCCUCACACAAGCACAUCGAAGAGACCAUCCCCCACACCUCAAAGGUCCGCGAGGAAUGUUGCUGGCUAUACCGGAAAGCCAAGGGGGCGGGCGGUGACCUCAAGUUGAUGGAGCUGGACUCUGAUGCGUUCCGGAUCUGGUGGGAGGAGUGGCUGUAUGCUGGGAAGGUUGUGUUUGAUCUUGGCCCUGAGGUUGGCGAGGAUGGGUUUGUAUCUCCUUUGGCGGGGCAUUGA